CGUUCCUAAACUCAACGAAAAUCUAAAGAUAAGAAUCAAUUAUAUUAAAGAAUCACAACUCAGCCAAUGCUCGUCAGUCGUGCGGUGAGCAAAUCAGCCUUGUGAGCAGUUGUGACUUGUGACUGUGCGAGUUGUGAGGGUCAGGUAGAACGCAUUUGAAGUCUUUGAUUCUGAUCGUAUUUUCGAUUUCUCAAAUUAAAGCCGAUUGAAGAAGAAAAGUAAAAUUACAUACAAAUUAACACAAAUGUCGUGACGGUGACUCGUGACGCUCGUGACUCAUUGAAAAUUCACGUCGCUAUAGGAAAAAAUCCUAUAAAGAAAAAAUCGUCAAGAGAAUCAACAAACUCCAAACAUGUUUCAGUUCGGGUUUAACAUGUUCCCGGAAAUUCCGCGGCCCUUCAACACUCAGUACAAAUGUUUCUCAGUGUCGAUGUUGCCUGGAACCUAUCGUCAGGAUGUCGAACGCGGCGGCAAGAUAAUCAUGCCACCAUCUGCCUUGGAGCAGCUUACAAGACUCAAUAUUAUUUAUCCAAUGUUAUUCAAACUAACCAACAAGAAAACAAAUAGAAUUACUCACUGUGGUGUAUUGGAGUUUAUCGCCGAUGAAGGAAAAGUCUAUUUGCCUUAUUGGAUGAUGCAUAAUCUUUUGUUGGAGGAAGGCGAACUACUGAAUGUAGAGAGUGUGUCAUUACCAGUUGCGACAUUCUCUCGUUUUCAGCCACAAUCAGAGGACUUUCUAGAUAUCACAAAUCCAAAGGCUGUAUUGGAGAACGGCCUGCGCAGCUUUGCCUGUCUAACUACAGGCGAUGUGAUUGCAAUCAAAUAUAAUCAGAAGAUUUACGAGAUGUGUGUAUUAGAAACUAGACCUGGUCCAGCAGUUAGUAUCAUUGAGUGUGACAUGAAUGUGGAGUUUGCUCCACCGGUAGGCUAUAAAGAGCCAGUACGAAAACCAAAGAAGGAAGAAGAUGAGAUAGAGCAUCUGGCCGAUUUGAUGCCGGCGCAGACUGGCUUUGUACCUUUUCAGGGUGAAGGUGUCCGGCUGGAUGGUAAAAAACGCAAAGACAUGCCCAAGCAGGAAACUGUAACUACCAAGCCGACCUAUGUUCGUGGAAUACCCGAUUAUGAUUACCAAAUAGGCACUCUUAGGUUCCUGCGAAAUAUGAAGCCAGUGAAUAAUAAAGAGACGAAGGAUCCAGACGAGUUUAAGGCGUUUACUGGCGAAGGGUUUACACUUCUGAGGAAAUCCAGAAAAUAAUAGAAUAACGAGCAAUUAUUUAUUUUUAAUUUAUAAAUUUGAGAGAGAAUGAAUCAAGAAUUUUGCCAGAAUGAAUGUUGAAUUAUCCGAAUUACUAUUUUAAUAAAAUAUACGUAUGUUUUUAUUUUUCUGUUAUAUGUUUGUCAUAAGCAGAAAAAAACGUUGCUUCGUUUUUCAUAUUAUGUCUUUCUAGGGAAAUAAAGAAAUUAAA